AUGCGCUCUCAGCUGGUGUUCCUUGCGCUUUCGGCGCUUACCGCCGUCUCCGCCCAGAACUUCACCAUCGAUCCCAAUGAGGUCGAUUUGACCACGAGAGCCAGCUGGUGUUCGGGCGAGUUUAGCACUUGCGAUACCCUGUGCGACAAGGACGCUUCCGAGAACAGAUGCGAACCUUUCAUCUGCCAACAAGCCUUCAGCGACUGCAACCUCGCAAACGCUGGAAACGCCGCGGGCCAGAGGAACUGCACCACGACAAUCAAGGAUAAGUGCGGUACCCUGGAUAUCGCUGACUACACGGCUACCCCGAGCACCACUUCUGCUGCCGCCUCGUCUUCAGCUACUGGCCAGACGAGCAGCACCGCCUCGGCUUCGGGCACCGGAGCUUCUGCUGCUGCUACUUCCUCCAGCACUGCCGCCGCCGCCCCGACCAACAUUCACCUGAUUGGCAACGGCGCCGCCGCCAUGGCCGUCGGUGUCUUUGCCUACCUCCUCUGA